AUGUCUGAUCAACGAAUCUUCUCUAAGUAUAAGGCACAUGAAAUUCGAAGUGAGCUUCAGCAGGGAAAUUCGAAGAAGCACCGAGCUUCUGCAAUCAAGCGAAAGAAUGCAUUGAAAAAAAUUGUUGUUAACCUGUCCAUGGGAUUCUCCUCCGAGAUGGCUCUCUUGUUUCCCGAGAUCUUGCAGUAUUGGCAUAUCGAUGAUGAUAUGGAGGUGAAGCGUAUCUGCCAUCAUUUCCUUGUCGCUAUGGCUCCAACAAAGUCGGCAAAUUUCCAAGAAGCCUUGCGACUAGUCACAGAGGACUUCAACUCGGGGAACGAGCCACUUCGAGUUCUGGCAUUGAGGACGCUUUCCUCGGUGCCAAUUAGCACUUAUUUCGAUGAAUGCCGCAAGUCUGUCUAUAUGGUGCUGAAUAAAGGCUCUGAGUCGGAACAAUUGAAGAAAACGGCUCUUUACGCGGCUCGAAAACUAACUCAGAUGGAAGACAAACAAUCUGGUGCAAUCAUAAACUUCUUACACCAAAUUAUGGAAAAUCAGAAGGAAAAACCAGGCAUACGAGCAAAUGCACUCUACGUUCUUUAUGAGAUUCAAGAGACCACCAAAACCCUUCAAACCCUCACUCUGGACUUUGAUACAUGUAUGGACAUGUUAGAAUUACUACCAGCACUAAAUGAAUGGGAUAAUUCUCGACUUUUGGAUUCCUUGACUGGAAACUACAUUCCUCAAAAUCAUUCAGAUGCACAUUACAUGAUCGAAAAAACGAUCCCGCAAUUACAGCACGCUAAUACAUCUGUGGUUCUAAAUGCUUUCAAAUUUGUUAUUUAUUUGACAAAUUACGUCGACUUUUUGAUGGAGAGUUUGGUUAAGCAGUUGUCCGCAUCCAUAAUAUCGUUACUUAACAAACCACCAGAAUUGGAGUUUUUGGUUCUAAGGAACAUUAUUCUACUACUAAUCGGUAGAGAAAAACCUAUUUUAAGCGUGGAUGUAUCAUACUUUUUCGUUGAGUUUAACGACCCCAUUUACAUUAAGGAUACGAAGUUAGAAAUCUUGUACCUUCUAGCUAAAGAAGAUAAUCUCUCUCAAAUAUUGCAAGAACUUAAAGAAUAUGCUACUGAUAUCGACAUACAGAUGUCACGGAAAGCUAUCAGAGCAGUGGGAAACUUGGCGGUCAAGCUGGAACGGUGCGUCGAUGAGUGCAUGAAUCUUUUACUUGAACUUCUGGACUUUGAAGUGGAGUACAUUGUUCAAGAGAUCGUAUCUGUUUUCAAGAACGUCCUGAGACGGUAUCCUGAAAAAUACGAAAUCUGCUUAUUCAAGCUAAUACAUUUCACUGAUUCCGUACAGGAACCAGAGUCACGCGGUUCUAUGAUUUGGAUUAUUACGCAAUAUUCAGAUCAUUUACGCAAUUACUUGGAAUUAUUUCAAUCGUUCACUGAUAACUUUUUGAAUGAAGCACUGGAAGUCCAAUUUUCCAUACUAAGCUCUGUGAUAAAGCUAUUUACAAGGAAUCCGACACCUGCCACUGAAAAACUGUGCAUAGAUAUACUGAAGUGUUCCACAGAAAAGUCAGACUGUCCCGACCUAAGAGAUAGAGCAUUCAUGUAUUGGAGACUCUUAUCUUCUGCGCAGCAAUCGCAAGGCAGCUUGAUAGACAUGAACGCUGUUAGAGAAAUAGUGGAUGGUGCGUUGCCGGUCAUCGCCUUGAAUUCACAUUUGGAUCCGCAGAUUGUUGAAGAGCUAGAGCUCAACAUAGGAACGAUUGCUUCCAUAUACUUGAAACCGGUUGGCCAAGUAUUCCGGCUGAAUAAGCCAAGGCGCCUUCCUAGAAGCCCUGCUUUCAAUUCAAAUCGUGAUGGUAUUGAGGUCAUAAGCGAGAACUCGCGAAGCCAUUCCUCAAGCUUAACAGAGAAAAGCAGCGGGUCGAGACCUCGGAGGAAGUCUUCGCCUGUUAAGAAGAUGGAGGACUAUGAUAGACCAGCAGAGACGAUCAAUCAAUUGAAGUUAAAGAAAAAAACCAGUAGUGCUGCGAUGAAUUUAACACGAAAACCUUCCAUUCUAGCACGAAAGCUUUCGAUGAGAAAGCCAUUUGCAUGA